CUAUUUAUAGUCAGCAGGCAGCAAUCCGUCGAUCGUCGUCGGCAUGCGAACGAACGGCGACAGGGGGUGGCCGGCGAUGAUGAUGGAAAGCCAUGGUGGUAGUGGCGGCGGCGGCGGCGGCGGCGGCGGCGGCAGUGAUCCGUUGCUGGCGCCGGGGUUCCGGUUCUACCCGACGGAGGAGGAGCUGCUGACGUUCUACCUCCGGCACCGGCUCGCCGGCACCAGGCCCGUCGUGGAGCACCUGAUCCCCGUCGUCGACAUCUACAGCUACCACCCGUCAGAGCUCCGGGCGAUGGCCGGCGCGGCGAGCGUCUCCGACCCGGAGCAGUGGUUCUUCUUCUGCCCGCGCGCAGAGCGGGAGCUCCACGGCGGCCGGCCCGCGCGCACCACGCCGUCGGGAUACUGGAAGGCCACGGGGUCGCCGUCCUACGUCUACUCCUCCUCCUCCUCGCCCACCGCCAACAACCGCGUCAUCGGCGAGAAGCGCACCAUGGUCUUCUACCAGGGCCGCGCGCCCACCGGCAACAAGACCCCCUGGAAGAUGAACGAGUACAAGGCCGUCGCCGACGCCGACGCCGACGACCAUGCACCUGCCGGAGCGCCCAUCAUGCUGCGUAACGAGUUCAGCGUCUGCCGGGUGUACAUCAGCACCGGCACGCUGAGGUCCUUCGACCGCCGGCCGCACCCGCCGAGCGGCGGUCUCGCCGCCGUCCACUGCGGCUACCAACGACAGCAACAGCUACAGCCACUGCUACCACCACCAGCAGCGGCGGCGGCGGCGGCGAAGACGACGAGCCUCCACAACCAGCAGCAGACGAUGAUGCUUGCUGCGGUCGUCGUCGACGACGACUCCGCGGCCGACAACAACGGACGGCGGCGGCAUGCGGUGGAGCACUCUCACGACAGCUCGUCGUCGGGGUCGCGAGGCGUUGGCGGCGGCGUGGACGGAGCAGAAGACGCCGCCACGGCCAUCGACUGGGACUGGAACUCGCUCAUCCCUCCCGUGGAUGACGAUGAUCUCGCCUUCACCGGCGUCGAUGACUUGACCCGUGUCAUUUGGCCCCAUAAUUGACGGCAUGCAGUGGCAUCUCCGGCCUGCCGUGUGCUUAUUACAAUGAAUUAGUAUUCCUGAGAAUGUAAGACGAGAUUAGUGCCUGCUAGAUCAGUGGCGUAGUUGACAAGGUAGUAUUGUAGCAGAGCAGCUACGUGAUAAACUGCAAGGAAAUGAGGUAGAAAUUCAUAGUAGUUAGAGUAUCUCCAACAACUUGGUAUUUCAACAUGCUAUCCUACCAAAUUUGCUAAAAACAUAAAAACC